AUGGGCGACAGAUGGCGGCCAGGAUUGAAGCUGGAUGCACACAGCAGCCAAGGCUAUGCAGCAGGAGAGCCUGCUGUUGUGGUUGCACCCAUGGCCAAUCGCCUAGUGGUCUUUGAAAGCAACAUAGCCCAUGAAGUGCUUCCUGCGCAUGAGGCAAGGUGUGCGCUGACAGUGUGGUUCACAAAAGCAAAUUCCCCCGCUUCAGACUGUGCCGUCCCACGCGCUCUUCCGGAUCCUGACCAGCCAGAGAGCCGCAUUUUUGUCUCCAUUGCCGCCUUUAGAGAUCCAGAGACACGCUGGACAGUGCAUGACCUCCUGGCCAAGGCCUCACAUCCAGCCCGCGUCCGCAUUGGCAUUGUCUGGCAGAUUGAUGCCAUUGCAGAUGCCCAUUUCCUGGACCUGUCUCACUGCGUGGACCAGAAACAGAUAAGGCAGAUCAUAAUCCCAGACAGAGAAGCCACGGGUCCCUGCAAGGCGCGCAUGCUGGCCCAGAAGCUAUGGGCAGGCGAGGAGUACUACCUCCAGAUUGACUCGCACAUGCGCUUUGCACCCGGCUGGGACGAGCAGCUCAUCCAUUGGCUGGCCGCUUGUGAGCAGCAGGCGCAGUUUGGGAAGGCAGUUCUAUCUACCUACCCUCCAGACUUCCAGGGGUCUGGGCUGCAGGCCACGGUGCCAGCCGAUGACAGGCCAGUUCUGCUCCGCGCAAGCCAUUUUGGGCAGGACGGCAUGCUGCGGCUGGUGGGAAGCCGCCUGGCAGAGUGCGCUGCUGCACCCCUGCCCAGCCUGUUCUGGGCUGCCGGCUUCUCCUUCUCCCGCUCGCAGCUCAUCCAGGAGGUCCCUUAUGAAGAUCUGCCAUUUCUAUUCUUUGGAGAGGAGCAGUACAUGCUGGCGCGCAUGUCCACGCAUGGCUACGAUGUCUUCUCACCACCCUCCAGCAUUGCCUACCACCUCUAUAGCAGAGCGUACCGGAAUACCUUCCAGUCAUGUGUAACACAGGGAGAAUGA